AUUUAGUUCAUUCGGAAUUUCCGAUAUUUUUUAUCUUUCCAUUACUUUCAUAAUUCUCUAUGUAUCUCGAUACUAUUAUAAUUAUUUCACUCGUAUAAAUCCUUUACCUGGUCCACUUCCAUUUCCAAUGUUUGGUAAUAUUCACCAAAAAUUUGGAUAUGAAUUUAAUGAUUGGUUAAUGUCAUUACAUAAAAAAUAUGGAGAUAUGUUUGAAAUAAAUUUAGCUGGACAACGUACUAUCAUAUUAUGUAAUACAGAAUUAAUUGAAAAUAUGAAUAUAACUUCAACUAAAACAAAAUAUCCUAUUAGAUUUCUUGUUACAGAAGGAUUUAGAGAAUAUGGAAUAAAUGGUACAGGAAUAGUUAAUAAUGUUGAUCUAAAAUCUUGGAAAUAUAAUCGUCAAUUUUUCACUCAAGCGAUGAUGACUCCAAGUUUUAAUCAUCAAGCUGUUGAAUGUACGAAUAAAUUAUGGAGUGAAAUGGAAUCUUAUUGGAAAAAUCUUGGAGAAAACCAUGAAUUGGAUCUUAUAAGAUGGAUGCAUAGAUUUUCAAAUGAAAUGAUUUUUAUAAUUUCAACAGGAGUAAAAACUAAUUGUGUUGCUUCUUAUUAUUAUACUCUUGUACCUAAUAAUGAUUUAAAUGAAAAAGAAAAAGAAAAAAUUAAAGAAUCUGAAGAUUUUAUUAAAUCGCUUGAAAUGUUAUUAAGAGGGGCCAUUUAUUUUUUUUACUUUAAUAGAUUUAUGCGUCAUUAUGUUCCUUUCAUUCGUGGAAAAGCAAUUAGUUUAUUAAAAAAUAGAGAUUAUCUAUACGAAAAAAUAUAUAAAAUUAUUAAAGAAAGAAGGACUGAAAUUGAGAAUACACCAUUAAAUCAACCUCUCCGUCAUGAUAUGUUGACAUCAUUUAUAACCGCGAAUACACCACGUGAUAUUAACGUUGUGAGACAUGGUGACACUGAUGCUGAUUUGUUAAGACCGAUAUCCGACAUGGAGAUUUUUGGUAAUAUACUCGAUGCUAUGGGCGGAGGAACUGAUACAACGGCGAAUUUGUUUUGCUUCGUCGCAUAUUAUCUUGGACGUUAUCCUGAAGUUAAGCAACGAUUACGACAGGAAUUGGAUGACGUUAUCGGAAAUGAUUCUACAAAACAAAUAACAUAUAAACAUAUUGAUGAAUUACGUUAUUGCGAUGCAGUUAUUAAGGAAGUAUAUCGACUUUUUCCUGUAGCAUUUUCACUUGGUCGUGUAAGUACUGAAAAAGAUGAAGUCGGAGGAUAUGUUUGGCCAGAAGAAACUUCAUAUUCAAUACUUUAUUGUGCAAUAAUGAAAUCAAAGGAUUAUUGGACUGAUCCUGAGAAAUUCGAUCCUGAUCGAUUUUAUAAAAUUGAUGAAGAUGAUAAAUAUUUACUUGAAAGACAAUACGUUAAAACUGCAUUCUCAAUUUUUGGAGGUGGAAUUAGAGCCUGUCCUGGAAGAAAAUUAGCGAUGAUAGAAUUAAAAUGUUUAUUGGCCUCGAUUUAUAGAAAAUAUGAUAUUGAAAUGGUAGAUAAAAAUGCGCCGAUCAAUUAUGAAUCUGGUUUCAUCACAGGUUGUAAAGAUAUGCGAGUUAAAAUUAAACCAAGAAAAUUAUGGGAAAAUGAAAUAUAAUUUUUGUAUAUAUAUAUUAGUGUUAUAAAAAAUUUUGGGUAACCGUUAUUUCAUUUUUUUUAUUAUUUAUUAUUUGUUACUAUUCUAAAAAAAUUUAUCGUAAUUUACAAUUAUUUAUUUAUAAAAAGAGACUUCUAAUGUGUAUUGAACCUUUGAAACCUUAAUUUAAUCGCAAGUCAAAUGAUGUUUUAUUCGCAUUAAUUUCUGAUUAGAGUGUUUGACACAGUUAAUGCGUGGAUGAGUAGAUAUACCGACUAUAUUUAUGGUUGGUUAUUAAGGUUAAAUUUAUUUUGUCAUUAUUUCCAAGUCAGUAAAUUUUAAAAUAAUUAUUGGUUUCGUAGGAUCAUUAUCAAAACUAAUAUACAGUGAGCAUAAUACGCUUUUGUACUAAUUUAUAACAUUGUUAUAUGAUUUUUUAAUUUUUCCGAAUGUUUGCAUAUAUUUCAAU